AUCGGACGGUGUAGGAUAUCUCGCGACUCGCUCCGAGAUGCAACAUAUUUUGCACCACCCUGUACGUUCGAAAGGAAAUCUUUUUCUUCCCUUUUCGAGAUACGGGGAGAACGGGAAGAUAAUCCACUCGACGCUCGGAACACGCCACCCGUAGCACCGACGAGCGAUGACCGCUCCGGACGCGACCGUGAAGCACGUGCCCCUUCGAGACGUGAGCGCGGUGGUGGACGACGACGACCCCGACGACGAUACCCCGGGGUCACCCCUCGUACCGAGGAAGCGGGGUCGAGUCAGGACGGGACCGCGACUGAGGAAGCGGGUCGUCACCAAGAACGGGGAAAUCAACGUCUUGCAGGAGAACCUCGACAGUCUUCACAGCCGAUUCCUCGCCGAUAUCUUCACCACCCUCGUCGAUGCCAGAUGGCGGUGGACCCUCUUCGUCUUUGCAGCGAGCUUCCUCUUCAGUUGGUUGGUGUUCGGGGUCGUGUGGUGGUUCAUCGCGUUCUCGCACGGCGACAUGGAACCGGAAGCUCAAGAAGACGAGAAUUGGAAGCCCUGCGUCGUCUCCAUCCGCGACUUCACCUCCUGCUUCCUCUUCAGUUUGGAGACGCAGCACACGAUCGGAUACGGGUAUCGCCACAUCACCGAAAAAUGCCCCGAGGCCGUCGUCACCUUGUGCCUUCAGUCGAUCGUCGGAGUCAUGAUCCAGGCCAUGAUGGUAGGAGUGGUUUUCACGAAGCUGUCCCGACCGAAGAAGAGAGCCGCGACGCUGCUCUUCUCGCAGCACGCGGCCAUCUGCCUUCGGAACGGGCAGUUGGUCCUCGUAUUCCGGGUCGGAGACAUGCGGAUACGCUCGCACAUCGUUCAGAGCACGGUGAGAGCCCAAUUCAUCCGUCAUCGGGUGACGCAGGAGGGCGAGGACGUCACGUACGUACCGACGGAGCUGAACCUGGGCGCCGACCCGCGCGAGGACCGGUUGUUCUUCAUCUGGCCGGUGGACGUCGUGCACACCAUCGACCGAUCCAGCCCCUUCUACGAACUCAGCGCUUCGGAUCUCCUCAAGGAUCGCUUCGAACUCGUCGUGAUUCUCGAUGGGAUCAUCGAGUCGACGGGCCAGACCACCCAGGCCCGAUCGUCCUACCUCCCCAACGAGAUACUCUGGGGACACCGAUUUCAGCCGAUGGUCACCUACGACCUGGAGUCCGGGUCUUAUACCGUCGACUAUCGGGGCUUCGAUAAGACUUACGAGGUCGACACCCCUCUGUGUUCCAUGAAAGAGCUCGACGAAUACUACAAGACGCAUGGAAUGACUUCGACUGGUUUUCACAGUCGUUAGCUCUAUCACAAUUUUUUUUUUAAACAUUGGAUAUACUGUGCUGGAAAUAUGAACAAUCGGCAGAGUAACGAUUCACUAUAUGGCAAGGAAAUAAAUCUCCUUUCGAGCGAGUGG